GCAGCUUGGGCAAUGGACCGCUCGGGUACCAGUAGAAACGUUCAACAAAAUUCACUACAAGAGGCGGAGCAAGGAACAGAACAUGAUGCGGCUGUGACGUAGGGUUCAUUCGGAACCUUUAAUCCUCUGCCGCAGCACCCCGGCCGGUAACGAGAGGAGGGGGUAGGCCUACACGGUCGGUCAGGACGGGAUUGCUUUUUGCUAAUAAUAGGCCGACUUUAACCGGACAUAAAAAAUACGGGCCUACAUGUUCAGCGCGUUUAAAAUAUUAGUAAAAAAAAUAAACAUAUUCCUUGUAAAAAACGCGGAGUAAACAGACAAACCCCUCCUCUCUCGUAGAGGAUUGGAAACUGCGUUUAAAUACAUAGUUUAAAUAAAUGGGUGAUUACGAAUUCGGUUUAUUACAGAAGGCGAACACUGGACACAGCUCUACUCUCCUCGGUGGACGCGCUUUCAGAUCCUACUCUUCUCCGGUUUCCAUCGGCCACUUGUGUCCCGACUCGCCCUUGGUCUCUAUAGAGUCGCUGCCUUGUCCUCUCUGUUCCUGUCAGCUGCUGCGCAUCAGCAAAACAUGCAGGAUGAGCCUGUGGGAAUGACAACUGAACAACGACCCCUGGCAGGAGAAGAAAACUAUAGGAACAACAACGCAGUCAAUAUUACCGGGAUACAGCUACAGAACCAAACCAACAACCAUUUCGGAGCCCUCACUUACAACUACAACCACCUGAACAAGAAUCAAGAUUUUCCCGAUUACAGUCAAGCUUUCCCGACGCAGUAUAUCUGUGACCUUCAGUACGACCGGAAAAUACAUCAGCAGUUAAGUCAGCGAGCUGUGUUUGGCUGUACUGAGUUGCCCCCACCCCAAGGAAAAUUCGGUCACCUGCCGCAGAGGCAGCCUUUCACCACUCAACUCUCCACCGAGCGCAGCGCAACCUUCAGCCCCGGCCGAAUCAGCGGCUCGCCUGUGAAGGUUGUAGCCGAUGUGGAGACUGCCGCGUCGCCAUCGCCCACUUCCGUAAAUCCAAACAAGGUUAAGAUCCAAAUGGACUCCCCCAUCACCCACCAUAUAAAUAACGGCAAUGGCAGUAGCACCGGCAAUAUGUUGGCCGGAGGUCUCGGAGGCGGUUUUCCGAACCUUCAGAAUCAAGAGAUGCAGAACCCGACUGGCGGCUCAUCUUCACCUCCCCUCCAUGGUUUCGGAACCCCGUGGUCCGUCCAGACCAGCUCCCCACCUCCACCACCCGUCUCCAACUCCUCCAACCCCAUCCACCCCGCAAACGCGAUUAAUCAGUUAGCUCAUACCGACCCAGAAAACAGCUUCUACCCCGGUAUCCCUUCCUCCAUCAACCCGGCCUUUUUCCAGAGUUUUUCUCCGGUGUCGGGUAAUCCUUGUCCCGGAAUUAACGUGCAGGGUUUCAGCAGUCCGUUCUCACACCAGAUGAACGCGCCUCAGCAACAGAGCCGACGGUCCCCGGUCAGCCCCCAGAUGCAUCCCCAACACCAGCACCAUCAGGGUGCGUUCCUGCAGCAGAGGAACAACUACAACCACCACCACCAGCCCAUGGUGAAGCAGUCUCCGUGGGGGGGCAGUCACCAGGGCAGUGGCUGGAACUCUGGAGGAAUGUCCUGGGGCCGGGACCACCGUCGUGGGGGUGGAAUGGGUGUCCCUGGCUCAGUAAGCCAGGUCUCCCCCAUGAAGAAGCCCUUCUCCAGUAACGUCAUCGCCCCGCCCAAGUUCCCCCGCUCUGCCAGCUCCAUGGGCCCCAAGUCCUGGAUUGAGGAGAACCUGUUCCGAACAGACGGCAAUAGUAAUUCACUUAUGCCUCUGCAGGAACGCUCUAGAAUCUAUGACAGUCUGAACAUGCACUCCCUGGAAAGCUCUCUGAUUGACAUCAUGCGUGCGGAGCAGGAUCCAAUGAAAGGCCGUGUGGGAUGCCCGCACCCCGGGGCCGACGGCCUGCUCAUGCUCAACGCAAGGAGCUAUGGGAGACGUCGAGGCCGAUCCUCCUUGUUCCCCAUUGAAGACAGCCUCCUUGACGACGGGCAUGGUAACCAGGGUGUCCCAGGGCUUGGCCCUAACUGUUAUCCCCAUCAGAAUGGGGAGCGCAUCGAGCGCUUCUCCCGAAAGGUUUUUGUGGGGGGGCUGCCCCCGGAUAUAGAUGAAGACGAGAUCACCACCAGUUUCCGUCGCUUUGGCCACCUGGUGGUGGACUGGCCACACAAGGCUGAGAGCAAGUCCUACUUUCCUCCCAAAGGUUACGCCUUCCUGCUGUUCCAAGAGGAGACCUCUGUCCAGGCUCUAAUCGAGGCCUGCAUGGAGGAAGACGGCAAACUCUACCUGUGUGUCUCCAGCCCCACCAUCAAAGACAAGCCAGUCCAAAUUCGUCCGUGGAACCUAAGUGACAGUGACUUUGUGAUGGACGGCUCUCAGCCCCUGGAUCCUCGUAAGACCAUCUUCGUAGGAGGGGUACCCCGCCCCCUCAGAGCAGUGGAGUUGGCCAUGAUUAUGGAUCGUCUCUAUGGGGGUGUGUGCUAUGCCGGCAUCGAUACUGAUCCAGAGCUGAAGUACCCCAAAGGGGCGGGGCGCGUGGCCUUCUCCAAUCAGCAGAGUUACAUCGCUGCCAUCAGCGCCAGAUUCGUCCAGCUGCAACACGGAGACAUUGACAAGCGGGUGGAGGUGAAGCCCUACGUCCUGGAUGACCAGCUGUGUGAUGAGUGCCAGGGGGCGCGCUGCGGUGGCAAGUUUGCCCCUUUCUUCUGCGCCAAUGUCACCUGCCUACAGUACUACUGCGAGUUCUGCUGGUCCAACAUCCACUCUCGCGCCGGACGGGAGUUCCACAAGCCGCUGGUCAAAGAGGGGGCCGACCGCCCACGUCAGAUUCAUUUCCGCUGGAACUGAAUCUGGGGACGCGACCACACGUCACCAUGGCGACAUGGUCAGAGGGAAAGGUCAAAGGAGAGAGACAUCGCCAGGAAGGAAAAAGUGCAUCGCUCUGCCUCUUACCCUUAGCUAUCACUAGAAAACACAUCACAGUAUACUGUAUAUAUCUGUUGUAGCAGCCAAACUCUGCAAGUCUCAGUUUUUCACCAAAACACCCCCUCACAUCUCAGGCUCGGACAACUUUUAUGUGGUACUUUUAUGUUUUUUAAGAGGAGAUUUAAAAAGAGGAGUUUUUUGUAGGUUUUUAAAAUUAUUUUUAUAUGUGAGAUUUAACGUAGAUAUGAGAAUGUUUUUUGCAUGGGGGCAGCCUGUCUCUGUCUGUCUGCUGCUAACCACCCCCCCAGUGGGUGUAGCGCGCACUUGUUUCUGGGAAAACCUUGAUUCUAUAAUCUGGACGCCUGCCCCAGGUCAUUUACCAAAGGUAGCAAAAAAAUAGGACGCAUAAAAGUGAUACAUUUCUGCCACUAAACAAACUCUUAUUUUUUAUCGUUGCUAUAUGCGCUUUUUCCUUAGUAGGGAACAAGUGGAAAAAUUAUAGGGUUAUUUUUGUUCUCAUUUUGACCUGAAAAAACAUUACCUCAAAGUGUGAAUCUGGUUUGUAUUAACUCUAUUUAACAUUUUUAAUCUCAAGCUAUAUUAGAAGCUUUGCUGCUAUAUAACAUAUGAAUAGAUGUAUAGGUGUUAUAUAUUAACGCCGUCUGUAAGCUUGAAUCUUGAAAAAUGAAAUGCAGUCCGCACUCACCCGUUCAUGGCCCCCAUUGCCAUGGAAGAAUAGAAUGUGAAGAUUAAAGUGCAUGUUUGUGUCCAUACACCAUUUGCAUGCAGGAUAGAUUUAACCAACAUAUAGCAUAUAAGAAAAGAAGUACAGAAAAUACAAAAAUCCUACUCUGAGUAGCAUGAACUAAAACAAUGGAAGCCUUAGUGUAAGAUAAAAAAAAAAAACAACCAACCACGAUAAAAUAAAAAUAUGUGAAAACUACUUUAAAAAGUCGUGCAUGCGUCGAUGUUGAUCAGUUGUUUGGUCCGUUUACACACUUAUUAUACAAAUAAAGAAAUGUUGGUUCUAGACUAGUGAACGCCGCCAUUUUGUGACGUGGUGGUUUGUGAGGAGUAAUGAAAUCUGUAGAGAAGUGGUGUGGUGUUCUGUCAGUGGUGGGUGUCUGUGUCGUCUCUGUGCUGUGUGUGCGGGUCUCGUUAGUGUGUGGACUGAGGUUUUAGUUAGGUUCCAAUCUAGACAUAGGAGAAUGACGACUUCACAAUACUUUGCCUUCCCCUUCAUAUCCCCCCUACAUUUUAGUGUUACAAUGCUAAUGUAGCGUAGCCUUUAGCAGACCAGCAGACCAAAAGUAUCCACAACAGCCAGGCUGGAUCAGCUUGCUACAGGCAGAGGACAGAGGAGGUGUGUGGCGCAGUACACUCUUGUUGGCCGAUCUAUACCACUGAUUAAAUGUUGUCAUGGUGAAGGAUGUGUGAGGAAGCAUUUGUCCAGCAUUUGCUUCUGAGUUGUGUUAACCGGCUACUUUCUGAAUUCUGCUAUUGGAUACAACACAAACAGGAUGUUGUACGUUGGGUCGAUACAAAUUAAGAGAUUUCAGACCUGCAGAAAGUGGUUUUAUUUCCUUGCUAAUAAAAGAUAACAAAGGCACAACCCCCAGAGUUCAUACAUUUUCACUGAGGGAGGAAAUUAUAUUAAUGGUUUGGGGUCUGAAGAAUAUGAAAUAUUGUGUUCUUAGUUUGUUUGUUUUUUUAAUCUGUGAGGACAUUGCUCUUAAUUACUCUUUUAUAGGGACAAUCUCUUUUCCCUCUUUCUUCCUCUCUUUCUUUCUCUGUGAACGAUAACCUGCUGAUCUAUUAGCUAACCAGCAGUUUGGUACUGUAGCUGUCUGUAUCACUCCACUAUAAUAUCCCUGUUGUCUCUGUGUCAUAGGGGUUUCAGUGUUUCAUGGGCUGGUGUUGAGUCCUUAGUGUCCGUGGUUCAAGUGUGUACUUCUAUUAUUACUUCUAUACAGACGCUGAGAUUUUAUGUUGAUUAAUUUGCAUAUUUUUAGACUGUUUAUGUCUCGAACUCGUGACCCCGCUUUCUGUCCCAAGCAUCUCUUUUGAUAGUACUAUAUUAUGCACUAUGUUUUUUUUGUAUUUUCCCUUGGAUUAUUUGAUUCUUGACAGAUUUUUGCCCCAGUAGUUUGUUUGCUGAUUCAAUGCAGACUUGAUUUGGACAACAGCCUGUUUUGCUUAUUUAAUCACUUCUACCGAACUUCUGCCUAUUUAUAAUUCUACCAGAUGAUUUAUUACAUUUUAUAUUUUCAUAAUGACUUAUUUGAGAAAUUGUGUGUGGACGCGGUGGUCUUAGUUUUUUCUAUGUGAAUUACGCAGUAAUCUAAUAUUUUCUAAUAUAUUCAGAGGGAGUCUCGUGGUUACAGGCAAAGAAGGUAGGCGAGCCACCGGGUGCUGUGUUACAGUAACUGGCUCUCUAGAAAAUGGUGGCCAACAAAAUGAUGAGUAACUGCUCCAGAGAAAAUGAAGGAUCCUUUAGCUUCCUCCCACACUGCGUGUACCCAGUCCCUGUGGCCCGGGCUCUCAUGGUGCGGUUGGUGUGCUCAGAACAGAACAGAGCUCGCUUGUAUGUUGUCACCCUAGUCUUGUAACACGUGACUCCUUGUGCAGUUUGCUGAGUAAUUGGUCCUAUUUGAUAUGUUGAUCACUGUUACUUUGUAUGCGCGUGUCUUUGUUUUUGUAAAAAUCAUAUUUAUUUCACUAUUUUUGUAGACAAAUAACUAUUUGAUUUUGAUUGUAUUUUUCUAUUUCAAAUAUGUUUAUUAUUAUUGUUCUUAUUGUUACACACAUUUUAGUUCCCCUAAUAUUCUAAUUCUGUCCAGAAGCAGGGCUCUGUUGAAUGACAAAAAGAAACAAAAGAUUUUUCCAAAUCUUGUUAAUUGAUGUACUAAUAUAUAACUGUUUUAAUAUAUCAACAAGGUUAACAAUAAGUACACCGCUACACCUUUUAUUUGAAGGAAGGAAACAUUGAGGGUUCUAUUAUAUUCAUGGAAGAAACUUGAGGUUCUCCGCCUGUUGCAUCGAGGCCCGCACUGCCUCUCCUCAUAGAUGCUCUGAAACUUGAAUAUAACACAUUUUGAAAGGCUGACUAACCUCGAAUCUGUGUUGUGACGUGCAAUACUGUUUCUAAUGUUUGUAUAAAAAGUAAGAAUUACAGUGUAAACCUUUUUGAUGCAGAUUUAUUUUUUUCAUUGCAUAUUUUGCAGAUUUCUGAUCCACAGUGUCAUUUUUUACUGUCAGAAAAUAAACCCCAUUUUUUUCAUUGCAACUAUUUUUAAAUCCAGAAAUCUUUGUACUGAUGUAAAUGAUUGUAGUUAUUUUGGAUAGUGUUUUGCUAACAAAAGGAGAGACUUUUUCAUGCAUAUUUCUAUUUCAUUUCUUUUUGUUUUAAUCAGUUUUUUUAUUUCAUUUAAUAGAAGCAGAAUACUUGGAAUAAUUUUUCAUAUUAUAUUACAUUGAUAUUAUUUUGUAUUUUAUGUGGAAUUAUAUAUACUUUGAAAAUGCUAAUUGCUAAGAUAAUUUUAAGUUGAAUUGUUUUUUAUGCUAAAUCUUUGUAAUAUUGUAAAAGUAACACAUUUCGAAAUCUGAGUUGUGUAUAGAUUCACAAAAGUGGUAUAUAAGGUGUUCGGAUUGUAAUUAUAACUUAAUGGUUAUUUGAUAUGCAAAAUCAAUAUCAUGUCAAUUUUUAUUUUUGUUUGUUUUGUAUUUAAAUGGGGUGUUGAUUACAAUCUGUUUUCUUUCAUUUCCUGAAUAAAUAAAGACCCAGUCUGUUCAGACA